AUGAAGAAAUAUUUUUACUUUUUCAAUGAAGGGAGCAAGAUCAACCAGAUCAUAUGCGCUGUACUGGUAAACUUACCAGUCUUCGCAUACGGAGCCAGCAUAGGAUGGAUGUCACCAAUGUCAUUGCUGCUUCAAUCCAAAAACUCACCCAGGGCUGUACCACUGACUGAUUAUGAGGUAUCCUGGAUAGCAUCAGUGCCAUAUUUAGUAUGUAUUCCGGCUGACUUCUUAAUGGCAAUACUAAGUGACAAGUUAGGAAGAAAACUGACACUGUUCUUCACGUCUGCUACAUCAUUUCUGGCCUGGACGAUAAAACUGGCAUCAAUGGAAGUAUGGGCAUUCAUCUUAGCCAGAGCACUAUUUGGGAUUACUAUGGCUGGAGCUUACGUCACAUGUCCACUGUACACUAAGGAGAUCAGCUCAGCUAAUGUCAGAGGGACUCUUGGUACUCUGGUUAUAUUAUUCCACACGACAGGAAACCUCUUCCUCUACAUUAUAGGAGACAUCCUCAGCUAUAGAACUAUCCUAUGGAUCUGUCUGAUGCUGCCAACCCUUCACCUAAUCCUCUUUAUAAUGAUGCCUGAAUCUCCUUCGUAUUUAAUCAAGAAAGGAAAGACUGAUGAAGCUAUUAGGUCGAUGGCGUGGCUAAGAUGUAGACAGGAGGACGACCCACAAGUGAUAAGUGAAGUGAACCAAAUCAAGAAAGAACAAAUGAAAGACGAAGAAAGCAAUAGAUUUGUUUUAAAGGCUAUACUGCAAGACAAGAUACUUACAAGGGCGUUCAUAAUAGCUAUAGUAUUAACAUUAGCUAGAGAAGUAUGUGGUUCCAUACCAGUGCUGAACUUCGCUGGAGAGAUCUUCUACAUGUCUUCUGAAGGAUCUGGUAUAGUACUGACUCCUAACCAACAAGCCAUGGCUCUUGGAACGGUGCAGGUCCUUGGAGCAGCUCUGGCAUCAUUCCCAGUGGAAAAGGCUGGGAGAAAGCCACUUUUCAUAGGCACAGCUCUAGUGUCUGGACUCAGUAUGUGUGCCCUCGCCUCCUGGUUCGUAGCUCGAGAGUACCAUGUAUUCGCGCCAGCCUGGAUACCCGUCACCACUCUCUGUUUGUGCAUCUUCUGCGACGCGCUUGGUCUACAACCAGUGUCUGUUAUUGUUACUGGGGAGAUUUUCUCUUUCAAGUACCGAGGUUCAGUGAUGGCGAUCACAAUGUCAGCUGCAUCAUUAGCUGCGUUCGCACAAACAUUAUUCUUCAAGCCACUAGUCAACGCAGUGGGUGGGCCUCACGUGGCAUUCUUCUUCUUCGGAGCAGUGUGUCUGUUAACUACUGUUUACGUAGCUAUCUGCGUACCAGAAACUAAGCAAAGAAUUAUAGAAGAGAUCUACGAAGACUUGAAGACAAAGAAGGAAAAGAAAAUGGAUAGAGAAAAGGUUAUAGCUAUAGAAUCAGGAAAGAUGGAAGCUUAA